AUGGCACUGCUGCGGUUAUGGUUGGGGUUACUGUCUCAUGCCGUGAUGGGAGUCACGAAGACACCAGUGGAAGAGAACUUGUGCACCACGGUCCCUUGCAGAUUAGCAUUUCCCAAAGGAACUCUGGGAAAUUCCAUGAUCGUGGGCUACUGGCUCAACAAAAAUGUCAGCGCCCCUGUAGCCACCAAUAAGUCCAAUGUUAUCAUCGACGGUCACAGCAACGGGAGAGUCCACAUUCUUUGGAACCUUGAGGAGCGAGACUGUACCCUGCUGACCCACAGUGUGCUCAACAGGAACAACAGGACAUACUUGUCCACUGCAGACCUUCAAGAGCAAAAGACUGCCUUCCUGAGGGAGAACAUCACACUCUUCCUGUCAGACAUUCCUGCGGCCAGAGCGCCUGUGACCUUGACCUGCACCUUCGGAAGCUCCUGCCUGGAAGCCAAAGCCCGUCUCCCCUCCUGGAAAGAGUCGGCCACGUCCCUCAGCACCGACAGCUCCGGAAACACCUCCACCUCCUCCUCCUCGGUGCUGCACUUCGCGCGGAAGCCCAAGGACCGCGGCGCCACCCUGCAGUGCCACCUGAGCUUCCCUCUCUCUAACUGGACCGCCCUCAGGUUCCCGGUGAUCACGCCCGCCAAGCUGUUGCACUACGCGUGCUCCUUGGAGAAGGUUCCGCAGUGCGUCUGCUCCUUCUACGGCAUCCCCACGCCCGUCGUGCAGUGGCUGAUGGGAGGCGUCCCCGUGACAAAGAAGAACAUGAGCGACACCUUCCGGGUGACCACCACCAUCACCGCCCCCUGGGCCAACAGCACCAUCACGUUCGCGGGGAAUCCCGAGGAAGUCCCCAGCCUCCGCUGUGAGGGGAGGAACAAGUACGGAAUCCAAGAGGCAAGCAUCUUCCUGGUACCAGAUGAGAGUUCGGUUCCCAUAUUGUUCGUGAAAGGGCUGAUCCAGGGCAUCGUGUAUGGAGUCAUUAUUCCAGCGCUAUUCUACUUCUUCCUUGUCCUCCUUCUAAUCAGGAUUCUUAAGUGGUGGGUGACGCGUCAGAUCCCCAAGGAGGAAGAGGCCCUGAUCCUCAAGAAGCCAGAGCUGCUGGAGGAGCCAGAGGCGCCCAAGGAGACCAAAGACGCAGCCUCGCCCAGCUGGGACGGAGAGACGCCCCCGGAGCGGCUGGAGCCCAGGCCGUCCACCAGCCAGGAGGCCGCCCUGCUGCCGCCCUCGGCGGGCGCGCUUUAA